AUGUCGCAGACGCAAGUCUCGAUGUACUGUCAACAGCCGUUCCGCGCAAAUCAAAAUACUACGAGACUCAACGAUACUCCCCCAGAGCAGCAACUCAGUACGGGCAUUGCGGCAGACUACUGUUCACCCGAAACGCGUCAUACCGUUGUCUCAGGACCGACUCAUGCGGACAUCCCGAUACCUCUCCAUCAAGAUGAGCUUGAUGACAGUCCUCACAUCGUUGGCCCGGCUGUCACCAGCGACAGUCACGUAUUAGCUGAUUACUUGAGUACGGUUCGUCAUGGCUCGCGUUCAACGCCCAUGGUUCGCCCCAUGCUCGGCGGUGAUGCUGAGCCGGUUAUCUUCACCCGCGUUCAGCCUCGUCCAUUGGGAAUGACAGUUGACCCAACACCGCCUUCAUUGCAACUCCAGAUGCUUGAAAAGCUGCUUGAACCGUGGACUGACAGGCUAGUCGACUUGUAUCUGUCAAAAGCCAACGUCUGUUUUCCUCUACUAGACGAGGACUCUUUCCGUGACCAAUACCGAAGCGCUAGAGACCGCAUCUCUCCCGCCGUGCUAGCCUGCCUCUACGCCAACAGCCUGACGUAUUGGAAGUUCGAUCCAAUACUUUCGUCUGAGCGAUCACUGAAGAUCGAUCGUCGUUAUUCAGAAGUCCGCCACACUGCUGAAGAAAUCGUUUCUCUUGUGCAGGAGCUCGAGGACACCCAGCUCGGCGACUUUUGGUUGCCCGUCGCAGCUUUCACUUUCUCACAUACUGUCACCUUUCUGAUUCGCUGUGCUCUCGAAACGGAAGACGACCCCCACACGGAGGUUGUGGACAAGCUGUUGACACCUGAUCCGGCUGACGAUGUGCUGCCGAGCACGUUUUUAGAGACGCAGCAGCAGCUCAUGCCGGAGUUCCCGUUCAUGGAGGACAUGUUCUCGUACACAAAUUUGGACUUCUUCCAAAGUUAA